AUGGACCAAUCUAGACUUUUGGCUUCAGAAAGCCGCAAGCCGUCACCUUCAAAUCAACAUUCAAAGCUAGAUCAUCUUGGAUUCCUCGAGGUUACACCUGGAAAUGAUCCUACAGUCGAUAUUGUCGCUAUUCAUGGCCUGCAAGGACAUAGAGAGAAGACGUGGACGACGGACAAGGGAGUGUGUUGGCUACGUGACUUCUUGCCUUUCGACUUGCCCAAUGCCCGAAUCCUCAGCUGUGGAUACGAUGCCGACACCCGCAGUCAGGAAUGCGUAUCAACUCAGACUAUUGCUCGACAUGCUCAAGGGCUCGCCAAUGCACUCUCACGGAUACGGAACGAUGCUCCUCGUCGCCCCAUCGUCUUCAUUGCGCACGACAUCGGAGGUAUCAUUCUCAAAUCGGCCCUGGUCAUCUGUCAUAAUCAGAACUUGGAAUCCAGUGGUGAACUUCGGAACACUCUAGUAUCAACACAUGGGAUUUUAUUCUUUGGAACCCCACACUCCGGUCUCGAAGGCAGUGGUUUCCGGGAAGUAAUCAAUCGCUGGGCAUCCGUGUACAUGGAGACGGCAGACGUGAUCCUGAAAGACCUUCGAGAACAUUCGAGCGAGCUUGAGAAUACACAGCGUCUGUAUGUCGCGGCAAGCGAGAAGUUCAGCAGCAUAUUCUUCUGCGAAGAGUAUGCAACAUCUGGCAUCAAGAAUCAAGGUGAAAUAAAUGUCCCACAUCAUUCGGCCAUUGUUCCCGGUGAUCGCAACGCGAGGACAAUCGUUCUUCACGCGAAUCAUCGCAAUCUGGUCCGAUUCUCAUCCAGGGAGAGUGAUGACUAUAAGACGGUCCAUUUCUAUCUUAAAGCCUACGUCGACAGUGCGCCCGCGACAGUGAGCAAGCAAUGGGUCAAAGAGAACGAACUUCGCAAUACAGCAAAGGGAGAAUCCGAAGAGGCCAUGAUACCGAAACCGCGUCCACCUCUGUCAAGAAGUUACAUCGAAAGAAAAGAAAUUGAAUCCCUCAUUACGAAGAAGCUGCUUCCAGAGAGACGUGGAAAGCAUCAACCACGGUGUAUACUAUAUGGACUUGGAGGGCGGGCAAGACUCAGCUGGAAAGGAACUGGAUUCAGGAACGGACACAUGAUCAUGGUCGACCACCUCCAGCCAAUCAAAGUUGGAAUGGAUUUGAACACGGAUGGACCUGGCGUAUCUGAUGGAAUGUGCUGGUUACUACGCCUCGACGCCAACCGACCGCCAAACUCCCUCCUUCCAUACUCCCUGUUCUAUCUCAAAUCCCGACUCAUUACAACAAACGCACGCGUCAAAUACGCUCCACACGUUGCGGUUCAUGUCAGUGGUCUCGAGGAGAGCGAGGCGGUGAAUCUUCUGCAUACAAUCGCCAACAUCACCCCUACCUCGGACGUCGAAUCUCUGGAGAUUGUUCGCGAGCUAGGGAUGCUGGCGCUUGCCAUUACGCAAGCCGGAGCGUUUAUUCGCAAGACGCGCAACCUCCAUACGUACCUCGAAACAUUUCGUCAGUAUCGAGAUCGACUCCUACGCGAGCAGCCCGACAUUGGCACGGAGUACGCUUUCUCCACAUACACCGCAUUCGACCUAUCCUUUAACGAGCUGCCGGCAAAUACGCAAGACUUCCUGAGACUUUGCGCAUUCCUCCAUCCCUCAUUGAUUCCAAAGGACCUGUUUAGGCGGUCAAUCAGCUCUGGCUUUACCACAUACAUUGUCAGGGACAGUCUCCCCCCACCAGAGAGUGACAAGACUUUCAUCUCGAACCUGCAGUUCUUAGGCCCCAAGUGGGAUGAGAUUACAUUCCAGAAGAUUGUGGACUCGGCGUCGCAAGCGUCGUUUAUCGACGUUUCGACCGACGGGUCAUUCUACACGGUUCACCCUCUACUUCAGAUGUACCUCAAGGAUCGUCUUGGUGAAGAAGAGAAUCGACGCUAUAUGCACACGACAGCACAACUGUUACUGGGUGCCAUCCGGCCUGUUGAGGAUAGCAAUGAGUGGUUCUGGCAGCUGCUUCCUCACGUCGACAGCAUCCCUCGGUUGGUGCAGUCAGAGUGCGUGGCACGCGGACUGGCGUUCCACGAACUUUAUUACUCUUUGGGGAACUGGAACGCUUGCCGAGAGCUGUUGGAAGCCACAUUUCCACGAUGUGAUUGGGCGGAAGGCAAACGGGACAAAGACUCACUAUUUCUGAUGUGGAAACUUGCCGAUUUGCUGCGCAAGGAUGGUCAGUUAGACAAGGCCGAAAAGAUGCAGCGUGAGGUACUCGAUCUGCAGCUCGAGAUACUUGGACCACGCCACCCAGACACCAUUUCGGCAAUGGGCAACCUCGCUUCUACACUGUCUGACCGUGGUCGGUUGGACGAGGCUGAGAAGAUGAUGCGUGAGGUACUCGACUUGCGGCUCGAGAUCCUUGGACCACGCCACCCAGACACCAUUUCGGCAAUGGGCAACCUCGCUUCUACACUGUCUGACCGUGGUCGGUUGGACGAGGCCGAGAAGAUGAAGCGUGAGGUACUCGAGUUGCGGCUCGAGAUACUUGGACCACGCCACCCAGACACCAUCAAGGCAAUGAACAACCUCGCAAACACACUGUCUGACCGUGGUCGGUUGGACGAGACCGAGAAGAUGAAGCGUGAGGUACUCGAUCUGCAGCUCGAGAUACUUGGACCACGCCACCCAGAUACCAUUUUGGCAAUGGGCAACCUCGCAAACACACUGUCUGACCGUGGUCGGUUGGACGAGGCUGAGAAGAUGAUGCGUGAGGUACUCGACUUGCGGCUCGAGAUCCUUGGACCACGCCACCCAGACACCAUUAUGGCAAUGGGCAACCUCGCAAACACACUGUCUGACCGUGGUCGGUUGGACGAGGCCGAGAAGAUGAUGCGUGAGGUACUCGAUCUGCAGCUCGAGAUACUUGGACCACGCCACCCAGACACCAUUUUGGCAAUGGGCAACCUCGCAAACACACUGUCUGACCGUGGUCGGUUGGACGAGGCUGAGAAGAUGAUGCGUGAGGUACUCGACUUGCGGCUCGAGAUACUUGGACCACGCCACCCAGACACCAUUUCGGCAAUGAACAACCUCGCUUCUACACUGUCUGACCGUGGUCGGUUGGACGAGGCCGAGAAAAUGAUGCGUGAGGUACUCGACUUGCGGCUCGAGAUACUUGGACCACGCCACCCAGACACCAUUUUGGCAAUGGGCAACCUCGCAAACACACUGUCUGACCGUGGUCGGUUGGACGAGGCUGAGAAGAUGAUGCGUGAGGUACUCGACUUGCGGCUCGAGAUACUUGGACCACGCCACCCAGACACCAUUUCGGCAAUGAACAACCUCGCUUCUACACUGUCUGACCGUGGUCGGUUGGACGAGGCCGAGAAGAUGAAGGGUGAGGUACUCGACUUGCGGCUCGAGAUACUUGGACCACGCCACCCAGACACCAUUUCGGCAAUGUACAAUCUCGCAAACACACUGUCUGACCGUGGUCGGUUGGACGAGGCCGAGAAGAUGAUGCGUGAGGUACUCGACUUGCGGCUCGAGAUACUUGGACCACGCCACCCACACACCAUUUCGGCAAUGGGCAACCUCGCUUCUGCACUGUCUGACCGUGGUCGGUUGGACGAGGCCGAGAAGAUGAUGCGUGAGGUACUCGACUUGCGGCUCGAGAUACUUGGACCACGCCACCCAGACACCAUUUCGGCAAUGAACAACCUCGCAAACACACUGUCUGACCGUGGUCGGUUGGACGAGGCCGAGAAAAUGAUGCGUGAGGUACUCGACUUGCAGCUCGAGAUCCUUGGACCACGCCACCCAGACACCAUCAAGGCAAUGGGCAACCUCGCAAACACACUGUCUGACCGUGGUCGGUUGGACGAGGCUGAGAAGAUGGAGCGUGAGGUACUCGACUUGCGGCUCGACAUACUUGGACCCCGCCACUCGGACACCAUUUCGGCAAUGUACAAUCUCGGUUUCACACUGUUCGAGUGUGCUCAGCUGCACAAUGCCCAAAAACGAAAACCUCCGGUGACGCUAAAGAUCUUUGCAAGAGGUCAUCUGGCUACCUCCUCCAGUCCUUCCGAAAUGUUUGGCAAGUCUGAUUGGCUUCAGGAAGCCAGAAACCUCCUGCAAGAGGUCGUGAAUCUACGCGUUGAGGUAUUGGGCGAAGAUCAUCCCAAUACUUUGAAAUCCAAGAUGUUUCUCGAGCGUAUCAUUUCCAAGCAAUCUCGUGAGCCUCGUAGGCGUGCAUCCCGAUUCCUUUCCUUUUUAUCAUAA